AUGAACCGAAACAAUAAUAAUGAAAUAAUUACUAAAAAGGACUACGAAAUAUUAGGAAUAAAAGAAAAUGCUAAGCCGGAGGAAGUUAAUUCGGCUUACGAGAAAUUAUGUUUAGAAUAUCAUCCUAAAAAGAUUAGAUUAGAAAAAUACCGCGAGCCGAACGAUUUAGAAAUAAAAAAGUAUAAGGAAAUUGAAAAAGUUUAUAAAAAGUUUGAUAUUGAACCUAAAAA